GCGCGAAAGCAUUCUUUCGAUAAUAUUUUGUCCACGUGGUUAACGGUAUAUUCCGCGUUUUCGAUUGACGCGUUGGCUAGGGUUUGUGACGGGGAGGGGAGCGUUGGAUCUGAGAUCCAGCUCGCGAAUUCGCGAUGAUCCCCGCGUAGAUCCGCGCCCAGCUCCUUCUCGGAUGUGGAAUGCCGCCGUUCUUGACUCGCGGAUCGGAGCUUUUCGGGGAUAGGUUUUACGAGGUCUUAGGGAAAGGUUUCUAGGGGAAGGGAUUCUCGAGCGAGGAUGGGAGUGCCGACCGCGACGGUGUCCCCGCUUGCAAAGUACAAGCUCGUCUUUCUCGGCGAUCAGUCUGUGGGGAAGACGAGCAUCAUCACGCGAUUCAUGUAUGAUAAGUUUGACAACACAUACCAGGCUACGAUUGGGAUCGAUUUCUUAUCCAAGACCAUGUAUCUGGAAGAUCGCACAGUCCGCUUGCAGCUCUGGGAUACUGCUGGCCAGGAGCGCUUCCGGAGUUUGAUUCCCAGCUACAUACGGGAUUCGUCCGUGGCAGUCGUCGUGUACGAUGUAGCGAAUCGCCAGUCGUUUCUAAACACGGCCAGAUGGGUGGAAGAAGUCCGCACGGAGCGGGGUAGCGAUGUCAUCAUCGUUCUCGUCGGGAACAAGACGGAUUUGGUUGAUAAAAGGCAAGUAUCGAUCGAGGAGGGCGAUGCGAAAGCGAGAGAAUUCGGAGUUAUGUACAUUGAAACCAGUGCCAAGGCCGGAUUCAACAUCAAGGCUCUCUUCAGGAAAAUCGCUGCGGCGUUACCGGGAAUGGAAGCGCUCUCGUCCGCUAAGCAAGAAGAUCUAGUGGACGUCAGCUUGAAGACAAAUCCCCCUCCCAGCGAGACCAAGGCUGGUGGCUGCGCUUGUUAAGCUUAGCAAUCUUCGAUCGACACGACUUUACGUACGAAGAAGGUUAUCUUUUUUGGCGAUGUGGAUAAUAAUGUUCCUCUCUUCCUCUCUUA